AUGGCUGCCGCUGCGACGGACAUUCUUUACACGCGACCAGACGCGCUGUCUUCAACACUCCCAAAGGAAUUGGCAAACGCGUUUGUACUGGAGACCAACGACGCCUCGUACAAGCACCAAUACGCGAAUCUAUACUUUUCACGUCUUUCUCUGUUGCGCAAGCAAGUCAUCGAAAGAGCGAAACAGCAGUGGCGGUCAGCUAUAGGAAAUGCCAUCUUUGUCAACCGUAUUCUAGAUAUAAAGAAGGGGGAACGCUGCUGGAUCGUGGGUACCGUCUACAAGGAGAUGCCACUCAAAGACAAUGUCCUCAACGAUCUUGCAAAAGAGCAUGGAGUGGAACCUCCUCCUCCUCGCCUCAAAUUUCACUCCAAAGAGGAUAUGGCCGUACUCGAAGACGAGUCUGGUCGUGUCCCGUUGGGUGGGGAGUUUCUUGACUCUAUAAAUAUUGUCACAGGUCUUAUUUUGGCUGUCCUUGGGGUCGAAACUACCGCAGGAGAGUUCCAUGUAGUCGAUGUCUGCUACCCUGGAGUCGCUGAGCAAACACCUCUCGCUCAGCAUGGUACAAAAGCAACAAUGGAUGUGGACAAUGCCAACGAGUGGAUUGCACUCGUAUCCGGGCUCAAUGUGGGGCUCCCUUCUGCAGCCGCAGAUCUGCGAGUUAACUUGCUGGUUGAGUACCUCCUGAGUGAGGCAGGCCAGCAAUCCGACCAGCGAGAUUCAUCCACAAUAACACGAGUCGUCAUUGCCGGAAACUCGUUUGCGCCCGUCAGCCUCUCCGAAGAGGUAGCCAAGGAGGAAACGGUCACCGUUCCCGGAGAAGUGGCUCCUGUUGCAGCUAAACGGGCCGCCAAGAAGUUUUCGUACCAAUCCAGUGCCUUCUCUAUGCACCCCACACAGUCGUUAUCUGGUCACCUGUCAGAACUUGCACGAGCAAUGAUAGUUCACCUCGUCCCAGGAGCCAAUGAUCCAUCUAGUGCAACCCUGCCUCAGCAACCACUCCCUAGAGCCAUGUUUGGUGCAGCUAAGGACUACGAGAGCUUCCACACCGAGACGAAUCCAUGUUGGAUCGGAGCCGGGGCCUGCCACAUACUUGGAAAUGGAGGACAGCCACUCGAUGACGUUUUUCGAUAUGUCAAGUCGUCUGACCGUCUCGCGUUGGCCUGUUUCAUUUCUGUUCAUAUGCACUCAUAA